AUGGAUGGAAUCCCGAAAGCCCUAAUGGCACCUGUGGCCGUCGAUGGGGUUAAGAUCAUUGAUUCAAGCAAUGGCCUGCUCUGUUUCAAAAUUGUUGAUGAUGUUAGUUCUCCUCUUUCACUUUUACUGUGGAAUCUUGCGACCCGAGAGAUCAGGCAGGUGCCCAGAUCUGUUAACAAUUUUAAGUGUGAUUGCCUCUGUGGAUUUGGGUUCCGUCGAAUUGUUAACGAUUACAAAAUUGUAAAACUUCACGUUAACAAGUCUCAGAAUGUUAAUGGGGUGGAAGGGUAUUCAUUAGGUUCGGGGUCAUGGAAGGAAGUUGAAUUUGAAAAUUUACAGGGCGUGAGCGUUACUCAUGGCGGAGAAGCUGUCACUGCCAAUGGAGUUAUGUAUUGGCUUGGGAUAUCUCACAUGAUACUUUCAUUUGAUCUAGCAAUAGAAGUGUUCUCAUUGAUAGCAAAGCCUCUUUUAUUCAUUAGUUUGCUUUCUACACUUAGUAUAUUUGAAAACAAACUCGCUCUGCUUUUUCUCUCUUCAGCUUAUUUCAUUGAGUUGUGGGUGAUGGAAGAGUGUACAAGUGGUAUAUCAAGGGGAAAAUGGAAGUGGACUAAGACACAUAGUAUAGGUCCUUUUCCACGCUUGCUAAGGCCAGUGACCAUUUGGAGGAACGAAGUAGUCUGGCAUGAUGUUGUAAUGCCUAGACUUGAAGCUGAGACUGGUGAGCUAACAAAUAUUCUAUAUGUGUUCGAUCUUACUUCUGAGUACCAUGGAUUAUAUGAGACUUGCACACCUGGACAUGAAGCUGUCGUAUCUUUGUCUGAUCUCUCUACUAGUGAAAUUAAGAUGUCAACUACAUGCAGACGCAGCGUUGGAUGGAAAUUUGGACUGUCUCACAAAACCAAGUUGAGAGGUUCAAUUGAAUCAUUGUAUGACGUCCCCUUUCUUGUAGUUACUUCUUCUGCUCAGUUGGAGAUCUGUAUGAAUAUCUUAUAUUUCCUGGGAUGCGUUUUUGAGCCAUCCAUGUACCUUGGUGCAAUGAUCAAUGGAUACAAUGUCACCAAAAAUGUUCUAUGA